AUGGAUUUACAUUUAAAUCAGUUGCAUAUCACAGUGAAUUAGUUAAUUGAACGUUUUCUAGGAGUUGGCCAUAUGAUUCCAUUUCAUGGCACAGUUACCGAGAAAUACAUUCAUCUUCGGAUAUAGAAUUUCAAGAUGUCUACUCUAAAAAGCUUACAGAUACAAGGAAUCCGAUGCUUCUCUCCUAACAACGCACAGAGUAUUGAGUUUGAAAAGCCACUCACACUUAUAGUUGGUCCUAAUGGAGCAGGUAAAACGACUAUUAUGGAGUGCCUUAAGAUGGGACUUUGUGGUAUAUUACCACCUAAUGCCGAUCGCGGGAAAUCAUUCAUCUAUGAUUCUAAAAUGUCAGAACAACGAGAAGUGCGAGCACAAAUCACCCUAGGAGUUGAAACAUACCAAAAAGUACAGAUCUUCGCCACAAGGAAUUACUCAGUAACUAGAGAAAGGAAUGAUGGUAGUAAACCAACAUUUAAGACUGGAGAAAGCAAAAUGCGCGUCAUAGGUCCAGAUGAAGUGGAAUCAAACCUAGGGAUGAAAAUGAGUGAUAUUGACACGUCACUUCCUUCAAUGAUGGGACUUUCAAGAGCACUUAUAGAUAGUGUGGUGGUAUGCCAUCAAGACGAAAGCAACUGGGCGUUGGACGAUCUCUCCAAAUUUAAAUCAAAGUUUGACGACUUGUUGGAAACAUCGAGGUAUACCAAAGCGUUGACAGCACUUCAAAAGGAAAAGAAGGAGCAAAAUGAAGCAAUAAAGCGUGAAAUGAUAAAAUUAGAAUAUGCCAAAGCACAAAUAACACAGGUGGCUGAAUUGAAAAAUCAAUUUAAAAGCAAUGCUGAUAACAUAGAACAGUCAAAGGAAAGGCUGGCAUUGCUCGAAAGUGAAUUAAAGCAAAUUAACGAAACGGCGCAAAUGCUACGUAAAGAAUACGAACAUGCAGCAGCCGUUUGCACAGAAAUAAGACAUACCAAAGAAGCGAUUGAGAGGCUUUCAAACGAUAUUCACAUUAUGCAACAAAACAUAGGUGAAAUAUAUGAGGAAAGUCUCGAUGAUAUGACGUUGUUCUUUGAGAAAGUAUCGCACGAACUAGAAGGAUAUCAUGGCACAUACAAUACCAUUACACUGGAAAUAGACCGAUUAAUGGAACACAUGGAUGGACUUCACCAACACAUUAACGUAACAAAUGACAAGAUCACCAAUCGCAUCUACAUAGAGGAAACUAUAAAAUCUACAGGGGAGUUGCUUGUAUCUAUCGUAGCCGAUAUCAACAAAGAAAUGGAUUUACAUGUGGACUCAAUGAUCGAUGAACAAAAUGUUAACAUGUAUAUAAACCAUUUGGAAAACAUGAGCCAGAAUGAGGAAGUAAAUAAUAAUCUAGUGCAAUUGAAAAAGGAAAUAGCACAAUUGGAACAGCGCAUACUCGAUGUUACAACCAAAGAAGGUGCACUUAAUGUUCUGGCUCAAGUGUUAGAUGCAGAAAUGCAAGACUAUGCGAAGCAAGCAAAUGAACUAGAACAAAUGAAGAAUAGUUACAAACAUAAUGAAGUCUUAAUGGAAAAGAUAAAACAAGAACUUGAAGCAUAUGAACAAAUGCUGAUACCACUCGUCAAUGAAAGGGAACACCUGAAAGUCAUUGUAUUGAAGGAGAAAAACACAAUCAAUGGUAUAACAAUAGAAGACAAAAAUGAAGUUAAAGCUGCUUUGAAUUUCUUAGAACAUAUGCUUGCGAAUGAUAGGAAAGAAAUUAUGCAAUACGCCAAAGAUGUACUGGGCAUAAAAGCAGAUGAUGAAGAUUUAAUAACAAAAAUCAAAGAUUUCUUUUCCACCGCUCUAAUCAAAAGAACGUCACCAAAUAUUUCUCCUCGCUUAGAUAAUAUACAGUUUCAACAAGAUUCUGUAGCUGCCAUAAUCCAGAUGAUUAAUCAAAUCGAAGAUUGGUAUCAACAAGACGGGACAGAACAGCCAUGCUCCAAUGUUGAACCUUAUAAACCGUUGCUGAAGUUAGUUACUUCACUACGCAUACAUGAAUAUAUCGCAUACUACAAGUCAUUUCUGGAAAUGGAUAGUGAACAACAACAGGGAGAUGACAACGUAACUGAAGUCACAAUGAGAUUAGAAACUGUUAUUUCUGGGAUACAAAAUAUAAAGUCAUUGAUGCAAAAAGCUGAUGAAACGUUGGCAGAAGUUGAAACUGAACUUCACAAUAUAGCACUAAACAUCGAGAAAGUCGGCGACGCUGAAAAAAAGUAUGCUGAAUUGCAGUCAGAGCAACAACACUCCAAUGAAGAAAUGGAAGCGAUUCAAAGCAUAUUGGAGACAUUGAAGGCUGAGCAACAAAGUAAAAGGACUGAAUAUGAUGAGCUAAAUACACGCGCAUCAUUGAUGAAGAACGAAUACAUGUUGAAGGUUGCAAAACUCACGACAUUGAUGGAGCGUUAUAAAGAUGCUAAAAACAAGCUGGAUAAAAUACAUGAAGAAUAUAUAGUAUCGGAAUCAGACGAAGAUCUGCAACAUGACCUCAAAGCGGAAUUAAACGUAGUGACCGAUACAAUAAACCAAAAACGUACAGAACAAAGAGAUCUCCUAGAUACCAUAAACGACCAAAAGCAGUGGCUGCAACGUCUAGAAGAAAAUAUCACCUAUAAAACCAAAAUGCGGGAAUUGGAAGACGCGAAGCAUUAUUUGAACGCGCUGCGAUGUAAACUAGGACCACGAUCAGAAGAUGAAAUACAGGCACUAAUCAAAGAAACAAAUAUUAAAUGUGGGAAGGUCAGCGUCGAAAUAGCAACACUUAGGGGAUCUUUAAAUACUAGAGAAGAAACUGUACAAAAGUUGCAACAAAUGCUUGAAUCGGAUACUUAUAAAAACGUUCAUCAGGAUUACGCGGAAAUCAUGUUGGCUGUAAAAUCACAUAGCAUGGCAUUUGAGGAUCUCAAUCUUUAUACGAAAACGCUAGAAAUAAAACUACACCAAUACCAUUCCGAAAAAAUCGAACAGAUUAACACCGUAUUGAAAAGAGUUUGGAGGGAAGUGUAUACGGGUACCAACGUUGAUUAUAUAGAAAUCCAGUCAAACAUUGAUACUGUGGUUGCUACUACGGGGCUUGCACCAAGAUCGUAUAAUUAUAGGAUGGUUAUGGUUAACCAUAAUGGAGUCGAAAUGGAUAUGCGUGGGAGAUGUUCUGCCGGUGAACGCGUAUUGGCAUCGUUGAUACUUCGUAUAACAUUAACGGAGGCCUUCUGCUAUAACUGCAAUAUACUGGCUCUGGAUGAACCAACCACAAAUCUUGACAAGGAGAACAUAGCGAGCCUGGAAACAUCGUUAGCUAAGCUAGUCAAUGAUUGCUCCAUUGAUUUUCAACUGAUACUCAUCACGCACGAUGAAGGAUUUGCAAGAAAAAUGGCCUUGCGGUGCAACUGUAAUAAAUAUUUUAGGCUGACGAAAAAUACAGAGAAUGAUACGGUCAUUGAAGCUGUGCCAUUCUUAGCAAAUCAAUACUGAUCAAACUUGGCUAUCGCAACUUAAUGUGUUGAUUUUAUUUUAGCGCUCUA